AUGUUCUCAAAUGCAGCUAGACCAAAGGCAGGCUUUACAGAAUGGGUGCAUCUGUAUGGAAGGCUAUUGACCUCUGAUAGAUUGAUAAAGUGGGAAAUUGAUGUUGAUGCUAAAUAUGCUCUCUCCCUUGAACAUGAUGAAACAAAGGAGCAUUUGUUUGUGCAGUGUACAUAUGCUAGACUGGUGAUUACGAGACUCCUACAAUGGAUUCAACAACAAUGCCUCGCUGGAAUUAACUGGGAGCAACAUGUGACUGAAGUAGUUGUACAAGCAAAGGGGAAAACUCAACAAGCUCAAGCUUUUAAGAUGAUCUAUACUAAAUUUGUCCAUGGAAUUUGGAAAGAGAGAAAUUAG